AUGGCGUCCGACCGCCCUCCAGCCAAAAGGCUGAAGAGCUCCAACUUGCCGCCGUCGCUUCGUGAUGCGAAACGUAAGGAUAUCGACGACUGGGAGACAAAUCGAAUGCUCACAUCUGGGGUUGCUCAACGACGUGAUUUUGAUGGCGAUUUCAUGCCUGAAGAUGAGGAAGGCACGCGCGUCCAUUUGCUUGUCCACGACCUGCGUCCACCUUUCCUCGAUGGCCGGACCAUUUUCACUAAACAGCUAGAGCCCAUUUCGGCCGUCCGUGAUCCGCAGAGUGAUAUGGCGGUCUUCAGCCGCAAGGGGAGUAAGGUAGUUCGGGAACGUCGUCAACAGCGAGAGAGGCAAAAGCAAGCGCAGGAAGCAACGACGAUGGCGGGGACCGCCUUGGGCAAUCUGAUGGGAGUCAAGGAAGAUGAGGGUGAUAGUGCUGUCGCCAUGCCCGUUGAAGAUGUCUACAAGGGGGGGAACAAAUUUGCGCAGCAUAUGAAGAAGAGUGGAGGGGGCCAAAGUUCAUUUAGCAAGAGCAAGACGCUCCGCGAACAGAGGGAAUAUUUGCCGGCAUUCGCUGUGAGAGAAGAGUUGAUGAAAGUAAUACGGGAUAACCAGGUGAUCGUCGUCGUUGGAGAAACAGGAUCCGGCAAGACGACUCAGCUGACGCAGUUCCUGCACGAGGAUGGUUAUUCGAAGUUUGGCAUGAUCGGCUGCACACAGCCCCGCCGUGUCGCUGCUAUGAGUGUCGCAAAGCGUGUUAGUGAGGAGAUGGAAGUGGAUCUGGGUGACCUUGUCGGCUACGCGAUUCGUUUUGAGGAUUGCACCAGCGAGAACACGGCGAUUAAGUAUAUGACGGACGGUGUUCUCUUACGAGAGUCGCUAGCUCAGCCCGAUCUCGACAAAUAUUCAUGUAUCAUCAUGGAUGAAGCGCACGAGAGAGCUUUGAAUACCGACGUUCUGAUGGGUCUUCUCAAAAAAGUCCUGGCUCGCCGCAGAGAUCUAAAAUUGAUUGUCACGUCGGCGACGAUGAAUUCAGAACGCUUUUCGAGGUUUUACGGCGGUGCCCCUGAAUUUAUCAUUCCGGGAAGAACAUUCCCCGUCGAUGUCCACUAUUCACGGACGCCUUGCGAGGAUUACGUUGAUAGUGCCGUAAAGCAGGUCUUGGCUAUUCACGUUUCGCAGGGACCCGGCGACAUCCUUGUGUUCAUGACCGGACAGGAGGACAUUGAAGCCACUUGUGAACUGGUUGAUGAGCGAUUAAAACUCUUGAAUGAUCCUCCAAAACUCAGUAUAUUGCCUAUUUACAGCCAGAUGCCGGCAGAACAGCAGGCAAAGAUCUUUGAGAAAGCCGAGCCUGGUGUGCGGAAAGUGAUCGUUGCGACCAACAUCGCGGAGACCAGCUUGACAGUCGACGGCAUCAUGUUUGUUGUGGAUGCAGGGUAUUCGAAGCUCAAAGUGUAUAACCCCCGAAUGGGUAUGGAUACACUUCAGAUCACACCGAUAUCCCAAGCCAACGCCAACCAGCGUUCCGGCAGAGCCGGCCGGACAGGGCCUGGAAAAGCAUAUCGUCUCUUCACCGAGAUGGCUUAUAAGAACGAACUAUACUUGCAAACAAUACCAGAGAUCCAGCGAACGAGUCUCUCUAACACGGUCCUACUGCUGAAGUCUCUUGGCGUCAAGGAUCUCUUGGAUUUCGAUUUCAUGGACCCUCCCCCACAGGAGACCAUCUCAACAUCGUUGUUUGAGCUGUGGUCCUUAGGUGCUCUUGAUAAUCUCGGCGACCUUACACCAUUAGGACGUCGGAUGACACCUUUCCCAAUGGACCCCCCGCUUGCCAAACUAUUAAUCAUGGCUUCCGAAGAGUAUGGCUGCAGUGAAGAGAUGCUAAGCAUUGUAUCUAUGCUGUCUGUCCCGAGCGUUUUCUACCGUCCUAGGGAGCGUCAGGAGGAGUCUGACGCCGCGCGCGAGAAGUUUUUUGUUCCUGAAUCCGACCAUUUAACCCUGCUCCACGUAUAUACGCAGUGGAAGUCCAACGGUUACUCUGAUGGUUGGUGUGUCAAACACUUCCUCCAUUCCAAAGCUUUACGACGCGCCAAGGAGGUGCGCGAACAGCUUCUUGAUAUCUUAACUGUGCAGAAGAUGCCGCUUGUCAGCUGCGGGACAGACUGGGAUGUGAUCCGCAAAUGCAUCUGCUCUGGAUUCUACUAUCAAGCUGCAAGGGUGAAGGGUAUCGGCGAGUUUAUCAAUCUCCGAACCAGCGUCACCAUGCAGCUUCAUCCCACCAGCGCACUGUAUGGACUGGGAUAUGUGCCCGAGUAUGUGGUAUACCACGAAUUGAUCCUGACAAGCAAGGAAUACAUGUCCACCGUGACCGCAGUAGAUCCACACUGGCUUGCCGAACUCGGAGGUGUAUUCUACUCCGUCAAGGAAAAGGGUUACUCGCAACGGGAGCGUCGUGUCACGGAACUGGAAUUUAACCGUCGGAUGGAAAUCGAAACGCAGAUAGCCGCCGACCGCGAACGCGCCGCAGCAGAGAAACAACGAGAAGAGGAGCGGAACGAUCCUUCGCGACGAAAGAAAGAGGUCGAAGUCGGUGGAUCCGUCGUACGACGUCCAGUCGUUGGCAAGAGAGUCGGCGGUGUCACAGCGUCGUCUACCGCGCGAAAUGGCACCAGCGGUGGCGGCGGAAGUGUGGUCAAGAAGCCGCAGAUCAAGAGACGACCAGGACGGGCAUUUUAG